AUGAGCCUCCGGCGGUACGUGAAUAUUGUGACGGCGAACCACUAUCAAGGCAUCUAUUCGCUGCGCCGCCUCAACAGCGACAAUUUCUUCUACCAGGCAAACGAAGCAGCAGCAAAGGCGCGAGAUCUUACCAGGCUCAGGAGAGUGCCGGAAGAUGCUCUGUCUCCCUGUUUUGCCCGAAAGAAGAAGAAACAUGUCUCCGAUAAGCUGCUGGAGACUACUAUCCGGCCACCGCAACCAAUCUUCAGUGUCCGCCCAACGACGUGCCCUGUGUCCGACGACGGCGACUAUGAUAACCGGCUACACUCCUUUCCUCUCUCCGGAACCAAGAUCUUCUUCUUCGACAGCGCGAGACGCACCACCUUGUACGAUACCAAGGCCCGAUGCUCGAUCAGCACGCCCUGCCUCCAUGCGCGCAAGGACCUCCCCGUCGCCAUCUCCGUCCCCUGCAGCCCUGCUGCUGCUGGACCUGAAGGCGAGCAGGACCUGGACGGCGGCAGCAGCAGCAGCCUCUACAUCCUCGACACGGCGCUCGACCCGGCCAAUGCCACUCCGUUCGAGGCUCUCACCUGGCGCAACUUCACAGAUGAAGACUACAAGGCAUGGCACUGCGACGCCCUCCCGCGGCCGCCUUUCGGCGAUCUCCAACGUGACCUGGAUGUCUCGGUACUGUGCUAUGCCGUGGUGGGCGACGCCAUCUACGUAUCUCUGACAAGCCUCGGCACGUACUGCUUCGACACGGUGAGCCGGACGUGGAGCCUGGCUGGCGACUGGCUGAUGCCCUUCUCCGGCAAAGCCGAGUACGACCCUGAGCUCAAGCUCUGGUUUGGCGUCUCUGAUGGUAAUCACCAGCUCCCGUGCGCGGCUGAUCUCUCCCCCAUCCUAAGAGGGCAUGCUCCAAAGAAGCAGCACCACUAUGUUUGGGGGGAUCCUCAGCUCCCAGGAGACUGGCUCCCCGAUCUGUUUAAACCAGCCAACAUUGUCAGCUUGGGUUCCGGUAGGUUUUGUAUCAUCAACUUCUUCAGAGAUGUGGGAGGCUACUGCACCUCUUGUAGGGAUGGACCAUCAGCUGCAGAUGGCAGCCCAAUUGUUGUUUUCUCUGGUUUGGAAGUGUUGGCUGGCAAUCGCAACAGCAACGACGGUGAUAGCGGCAAAGGAAGUGACAGCGGCAACGGGCUCCGCAUCCGCAUGAUUAAGCACAAGUCUAGGCUUUGUAGAGACACUCGCUCCCUCGAGUCGGUACUCUGA